AUGACAAACCACACAAUAGUGACAGACUUCUUCCUUAUGGAAUUCUCUGACAGCAAGCAGCUCCAGGUGAUAGAGGGUUUCCUAUUUCUGCUGAUUUACUUGGUGUCCCUCAUGGGGAACCUUAUCAUCAUCAUGCUUAUUGCAGUGGAUCAUUGUCUUCACACCCCCAUGUACCUCUUUCUGAAUAAUUUGUCAUUCCUUGAUAUGUGCCUCAUUUCAGUCACAGUCCCAGAGCUCAUUCUCAACUCUUUGUCUCACAGGAGCACUAUCUCUUUCCCAGGAUGUGUGUGUCAGGUUUUGUUUGUCAUUUUCUUUGGAACAUCUGAGGCUUCCCUCCUCACAGCCAUGUCUUAUGACCGCUAUGUGGCCAUCUGUCACCCACUACACUAUGAUGCCAUCAUGAACAGGGAAGUCUGUGUACAGAUGAUGGCAGCUUCUUGGCUAUUUGGAAGUAUCUUUGGGGUCUUAUAUUCAUAUGGCUCCUUCUCUUUAUCUUUCUGUGGCUCCAGAAAAGUGCCACAGUUCUUCUGUGAUGUCCCUUCUAUAUUGAAGAUUUCUUGUUCAAAGAUGCAUGUCACCAUUGACAUUAGUGUCAUCUUUGGACUCAUAUAUGGGUUUUUCUGCAUAGUUUCCAUAGGGUUUUCAUAUGUCUGCAUUUUCAACACAGUCCUGAGAAUUCCUUUGAUACAGAGGAGGUCAAAAGCCUUUUCUACCUGCAUUCCCCAUCUCAUAGUUGUCACCACAUUUUUUGUCACAGGUGCCACUGCCUAUUUGAAACCAGUUCCUGAUUCCCCACAGCUCUUGGACUUUUUAAUAUCUGUUUUCUAUUCUGUGAUGCCUCCAUGUAUGAAUCCUAUAAUAUACAGUUUAAGAAAUAAGGAAAUCAAAGCUGCUUUGUGCAACAUUUUGCGGAAACUUGAUUAUUAUGAGUUCUAUUGGCAGAAAAGCAGUAACAGUAUGUAG